AUGAAAAUCACAAAAAUAAUACCGAUAUCGUUUUUAUUAACAGCAACUUUUAUUACAAACAAUGCGAUUGUUCCAUCAAAAUCUCUAGUACAUACAAUUCCCUUGCAAAAAAAAGAAUUGCCAGAUAACUAUACAUGGAAGCAAAAGAUAACUCUUCAAAAAAAUCGAGCAUUUUCAAAAUACUCUAAAAUAAAGGACGUAAAAAAUUUAUUAAAAGGAAGGAAAAACAUUGAACUUAAUUCUCGUAGUGGCAUUAUUAAUAGUCCCUUGAUUGACGAAGGAGAUGACACCGGCUAUUAUGGGCCAAUAGUAAUCGGUGGACAAAGUUUCCAAGUAUUAUUUGAUACCGGAUCCUCGGACCUUUGGGUUCCAUCAAUAAAUUGUCAAGGUUCUUGUGUAAAUCGUGCAACCUUUGAUCCUGCUAAAAGCUCUACUUAUCAUAGUGUUGGAACACCAUUUAAUAUCAAAUAUGAAAAAGGCAAAGUUUCAGGUAUAACAGCAGCUGAUGAUAUUGCAAUUGCUGGUACAGUAGCAAAAAGUCAAACUUUUGGAUUGGUAACCGCUCUUUCUAAUGCUUUUACUGGUGAUAACUUUGAUGGUAUUAUCGGAAUGGGUUUAGACCAACUAAGUGUUCUAAAAGCCAAAACUCCUUUCUCGAAUAUGGUUGAACAAAAUUCGGUCAAUAAACCCGUAUUUGGUUUCUUUUUGGGCCGAAAAAAGGAUAACACAGAUGCCCUGAGCCAACUGACUUUAGGUGGUGUUGACAAUUCAAAAUUUACGGGUAAUCUUCAUUAUAAUAAAGUUGUAGAUGCUUCCGGAUUUUGGAAUAUUGAUUUGGAUGAUGUUAGUGUUGAUGGAAAGAUGCUUGGAAUCAAACCAAACACUGCCACAAUCGAUACCGGUACCACAUUUAUUUAUGCGCCUACUGAAGAUAGUAUUACUAUUCAUAGUGCUAUCUCAGGUUCAAAGUUCGACGAAAUUAAUGAAUAUUACAUAAUUCCUUGCGACACUCAAUCUGCCGUUUCUCUUAUUUUUGGUGGCAUUAGCUAUGAAAUUUCGCUUGAGGAUUUGUCAACUGGGACAGAUGAUCCAAAUACUUGCAUUUCUGGAAUUCUUCCUGCUAGCACAGAUGCUUGGUUAGUUGGGGAUGCUUUUUUGAAAAGUGUUUACAGUGCAUUUGAUAUCCAAAUGCAGGCUGUUGGAUUUGCAUCUUUAGUAAAUACAAACAGCCCUGCCAAAAGUGUUGGGACAAAGUUCAGCGGUCAAAAAAUUCACAGCAAUCUAAUACUAGUUAUGGCAGCCCAUUUUUUAGUCUUGGGCUUUCAGAUAUAUUUUUAUUAG